ACUACAAUCUUUGGAGGGAGCUAAAAGUCUGUUUUGCUCAGCAACAACCCCGAAACCUAAAGGAUCUGGAGGAAUGGUCCAAAAUCCCUGCUGCAGUGUGUGCAAACUACAGGAAACCUCUGAUAUCUGUAGUUGCAAACAAAGGUUUCUGCACAAAAUAUAAAAUUUUGUUUUUCAAAUCCAAUACAAUGUGAUUUUCUGGAUUUUUGUUUUAGAUUCCAUCUAAAACAAUUGCAAUUACAGAUAGUUACUGAAGUUACUGAAGCAAAUUAACUUUUCAACAAUAUUCUAAUUUACUGAAUGGGUCUGUAAUAACAGACCAACAGCCCCUUCUCUCUUUUCAGCAUUUCUCACUGCAAAUGUUUAAUAUCUGGUAUCCUUCUAACUGCUCCAAAAUUACAGGUUAUAUUAAUGUUAAUUUAAAAGUCUAGUAUUUUUGGCAAAUUUGAGAUCCGAUUUGAAUAGGAAUAGGAACAGUAAUAAUUCUAAUAAAAAAUUUUGGGAAAAUCUUUUAAUGAUUAUUGUUUUAUUUACAAUUUCUUUCCUCAUAACAAACAAGAUCACGUUUGGAAUGGCAGAUUUGAAAUCCCGCUCCAGCUGGAUGCAUAUUUGACGGGAAAAAAGUUCUGUAUGUGUAUUGAGGCGAUGAUUCGUGGGCAUCCUGUUUCCCUCGCUCUGCUGCUGCUAUGUGAUAGCCAGAGUUUGUUUCCGUGUCCCCGUCAGUGAGACAUGCUGCCUCCCCCGCCAAGCAGCAUAAGCUGCAGGGACGGCCAGAUGAAACGGUGCCCUGCUAUCUACAACUGAGUUCAACUGGGGUUGAACGGGCAUCAUGUAAGCUCUUUAGGGAAGGAAGCUGUUGGAUUUCUGCUUUAAGUUACCUAUACUUUGAUCUGGGAGAUAUCCAGAGAUGUUCAAGAUGAUCCAGGUAAUCUGUUUGACAGUGCUGCUUCCUGAAGUGGUUCACUGCGCUCAGGGUCACUAUGCCCAAAAGCUCCUGACUGACCUGAUGGAGAAUUACUCCAGUGCCCUGCGGCCUGUGGAGGACACAGAUAGAGCGCUCAACGUCACCUUACAGAUCACCCUCUCUCAGAUCAAAGACAUGGAUGAGAGGAACCAGGUGCUGAUUGCCUACCUGUGGAUUAGGCAGACAUGGCACGAUGCCUACCUGAGGUGGAAUAAAGAAGACUACGAUGGUCUGGAUGUCAUCCACAUUCCCAGCAGCCUGGUGUGGAGGCCCGACCUUGUCCUCUAUAACAAAGCUGAUGAUGAUUUCUCAGGACCAAUGGACACCAACGUCAAGCUGCGCUACAAUGGAGAGAUAACUUGGGAUGCUCCCGCCAUCACCAAGAGCUCCUGUGUUGUGGAUGUCUCCUACUUUCCAUUUGACAGCCAGGAAUGUAACCUCACCUUUGGCUCCUGGACGUACAAUGGCAACCAGGUAGAUAUUAUUAUGGGCAUGGACAGUGGUGACCUCUCAGAUUUUGUGGAAAACGUGGAGUGGGAAUGCCAUGGGAUGCCAGCCACUAAGAAUGUGAUUAUGUACGGCUGCUGUUCUGACCCAUACCCAGACAUAACCUACACAGUGCUCCUGCAGCGCCGCUCCUCCUUUUAUAUCUUUAACCUCCUCCUUCCAUGCUUCCUGAUCUCCUUCCUGGCUCCUCUGGGCUUCUACUUGCCCGCAGACUCUGGGGAGAAGGUUUCCCUCGGGGUGACGGUUCUCCUGGCUCUCACCGUGUUUCAGCUCAUGGUGGCUGAGAGCAUGCCACCAUCAGAAAGUGUGCCUCUUAUAGGGAAGUACUAUAUUGCCACCAUGACCAUGGUCACAGCCUCCACAGCGCUCACCAUUUUCAUCAUGAACAUUCACUUCUGUGGCGCAGAGGCCAAACCAGUCCCACACUGGGCAAAAGUGCUCAUCAUUGACUACAUGUCAAAGAUUUUUUUUGUCUACGAAGUGGGUGAGAACUGUGCUUCUGGCUCCUCUUCUUUGUCUUCUCACUACCUCCAGGAUGAUGUUUGCCACAAGCAGGUUAACUCUCACAUUCAUGCAAAUGGAAAACCCAGGAGUCACGGCUGCCAGAAGGACCAGCAGAGCUACAGAUACCCCCGAUCCCAGCCUUACAAGCAGCAACAGCAGCACAGAGGGAAAGUACAGCACCGCAUCACAAGAGAAGAGAGCAGCCACCUCUGCAGAUCAGCACCUGGUAGGUACGAAGGCUCCAACAGUAAAAUCACAAUGAACGACUGCUGUAUGGAAGACCAAAAACCUCCAGGUCUUCCCGAGGACCAAAAGUUUCCAUGCUGCCCUGAAGACAAAAAGCCUCUACCUCAGGGUCCCACAGUAACCAUUGGCCCUUGUGUGUUCUGCAGCUUUGGGAGCGGACUUCCUAAUGUGGACACCAAGCUGGUCCGCAAUGUGGAGUACAUUGCUAAUUGUUUCCGAGAACAGAGGGCCACAUGUGCCAAAGGGGCAGAGUGGAAAAAGAUUGCUAAGGUGAUGGACAGGUUCUUCAUGUGGAUCUUCUUCGUCAUGGUCUUCCUUAUGAGCAUUCUUGUCAUUGGCAAGGCGAAAUGACCGAGCAGUUAGGCUGGAGAUUUGACCCAAUGAAUGUUCUGUGGUCAAAUCCAUAAUUUCAAAGCAAUGGUUCUCCUUUUAUGAACAUUUGCAGUUAUAAAUGUGUGGGAGUUCAUUUGUCAGGGUGGAAUGUUGAUGUCAACAAUAGAAAACGUUACAGAAAAUACGUUUUUAAUUAUUAACAUGCAAUGCGUGCUAUAUAUCAUUAAGACAAAGAUUAAAUAUAUACUACAUAUUAUA